GGGUCUUGUCGGAAUACGGGUGGGGAAGCAUAAUGCCGCACUCACCCCGCCGUUCCCGGAGCAACAGGGAAAAUGGCAGCCCUCACCACCCUCACUCAGCUGUCGAGUGGGAACCCAGUGUAUGAAACGUUUUACAGACAGGUCGAUCCAGGAAACACGGGGAGGGUCGGACCUACAGAGGCCGCUUUGUUUCUGAAGAAAUCAGGCCUGCCGGAUAUCACUCUGGGAAAGAUCUGGGACCUCGCUGAUCCAGAUGGAAAAGGUUUCCUGGACAAGCAGGGAUUUUACGUUGCUUUGCGGCUUGUGGCCUGCGCACAGAGCGGUCAGGAUGUCUCUCUGACCAGUUUAAACCUCACUGUCCCUCCUCCUAAAUUUAAGGACCCUAGUAGCCCGUCAUUAAGUGGUGCUUCAUCAGCUGACAGCCACUGGGCUGUUAGACCUGAAGAGAAAAGCAAGUUUGACGGCAUUUUUGACAGUCUUGUACCUGUAAAUGGGUUACUGUCCGGAGAAAAGGUGAAGCCAGUUCUUAUGAACUCAAAGCUACCAGUGGAUGUGUUAGGAAAGGUUUGGGAUUUGAGUGAUAUUGAUAAAGAUGGACACCUGGACAAGGACGAGUUUGCAGUGGCCAUGCACCUGGUGUACCGCGCUCUGGAGAAGGAGCCUGUUCCCUCCGUUCUGCCUUCAUCCCUCAUCCCUCCAUCCAAACGUAAGAAGUCUGUGGGCUCCUUAUCCAGCAUGGCCCCCGUGCUGCCAGGAAGCCCGCCUCCUCCUAAAGACAGCCUGCGAUCCACACCAUCACACGGCAGCAUGAACUCACUGAACAGUGCUGGGAGUUUGUCACCUAAACACACAAUCAAAUCCACACAGCACUCUGCGAACUGGGUGGUGCCAGCAGCAGACAGAGGACGCUAUGAUGACAUCUUCCUCAAAACAGAUGCCGACCUUGACGGCUUUGUCAGCGGCCAUGAAGUUAAAGAGAUCUUCAUGCAGUCUGGCCUUCCGCAGAACAUUCUGGCACAUAUAUGGGCUUUGUCAGACACACGGCAGAUUGGGAAGCUGACCCGAGAGCAGUUUGCUUUGGCCAUGCACUUCAUUCAGCUGAAAGUGAGCAAAGGAUUGGAUCCUCCACAGACACUGACCCCAGACAUGAUCCCUCCAUCUGAGAGAGGAACCCCGAAUAUGUCAGGGUACAUGACGCCCGUGGGUUCUGAGAUGGUAGCCCUGACCGAAAUGCGCAGAGACAGCUCCAGUUCUGUGGGGUCUGGUGAAUUUACUGGAAUCAAGGAGCUGGAUGAUUUGAGUCAGGAGAUUGCUCAGCUGCAGAGGGAGAAAUACACACUGGAGCAAGACAUCAGGGAGGCGGAGGAAGCCAUCAGACACAAAACUACUGAGGUUCAGGAAAUGCAGAAUGAUCUGGACAGAGAGACAUGCAGUCUGCAGGAGUUAGAGGCCCAGAAGCAGGACGCUCAAGAUCGACUGGAUGAGAUGGAUCAGCAGAAGGCCAAGCUGGAGGACAUGCUCAACGAAGUACGACAGAAGUGCCAGGAGGAGUCCCAAAUGAUCUCGUCGCUCCAGAGUCAGAUCCAUUCUCAGGAGUCGGACCUGCUGAACCAGGAGGAGGAGCUGAGUCGGGCUAAAGCGGACCUGACCCGUCUACAGCAGGAGGAAAGCCAGCUGGAGCAGAGUCUGCAGGCUGGCAAGAUCCAGCUUGAGACCAUCAUCAAGUCCCUGAAGGCCACGCAGGAUGAAAUCAAUCAGGCUCGCAGCAAGCUCUCUCAGAUUCAGGACAAUCAGCACGAGAUUAGCAAAAGCAUUGAGCAGUAUAGCAGCGCUCUGAAUGGCACGCAUGGAGGCAGCAUGACUAACCUAGCUGACAUGAGUGAGGGGUUCCCCGACAAGGAGAACGGGGGCUUUGGGGUCAUGGAUGACCCGUUUAAAGUGAAGACUAGUGUGUUCAGCACAAACUCUCAGGAGAUGCACACAGACCCAUUUCAGUCUGAAGACCCUUUCAAAUCCGAUCCUUUUAAAGGUGAUCCCUUCCAGAAUGAUCCUUUUGCCAAGCAGCCUCCCACAGCGACAGAUCCAUUUGGCGGAGAUCCAUUUAAAGAGACAGACCCGUUCAAAACCAUGUCAGAAGACUUUUUUAAGAGGCCGGCCAAGGCUGACCCCUUCACCAGCACGGACCCUUUCAGUAAAAGUGCUACACUUCCGGUAAAGUCUCACCACUUCUCGAGCAAUGACCCUUUCGCCUCCACCAGCCCCAAACACAAAGGCUCAGACCCCUUUGGGACUCUGGACCCUUUUGGCAGCAGCUCAUUUGGCAGCAACAGUGGCUUUGCUGAUUUCAGCCAGAUGUCAAAGCAAAGCUUCACCGAUGACCCCUUCAACCAAAACCAGGACACUCCAGCUCUCCCGCCCAAGAAGACCAUACCGCCUCGGCCCAAGCCUCCCAGCGGUAAAAGCACUCCAACUAACCUACCCGGAUCUGUGGAUUCAACAAAGUCAAGCGAUCCCUUCCAGCCCUUUGGCUCGGACGCUAACGACCCGUUUCAGAGUAAAAAGGGCCUCAGCGACCCGUUUAGUGGCAAAGAUCCGUUUGCUCCAUCUGCUUCAAGUAAAGCCACUAAAGAUUCUUCCUUGGGUUUUGCAGACUUCAGCUCUUUUGGGAAUGAGGCGCAGCAGAUGGAGUGGGCCAAGCGCGAGAGUGAGCGAGCUGAGCGUGAGAGGCUGAAGAGACUCAGGCAGCAGGAGCAGGAGGACCUGGAACUGGCCAUUGCGCUCAGCAAAGCUGAGAUGAACAACACCUGAACCCCGGCUCCUCCCUCUCCAACACCAUCUUUACAUCACUGCAGCAGAGGAAAGAGUGUGUGUGUGUGUGUGAGAGAGAGAGAGACUGAGAGAGUGAUGGAGAAUGAGUGUGUGAUGAGAGAAAAUGUUUUUAAUGUCUUAAACAUGUUUUAUUUUAAUGUAAUGAUGGGGCAAUCCAUGUGUUAUGUGAAUGGGCUCGUUCAUUCUACAUGCACUGAGUUAACCUGCACUACGCUGACACUGUGUGUGUGUGUGUGUGUUUGUAUGCCUGCCUGUGACAGAGAGAGAACCUCUACCAACCAUAGUGAUUUUACUCAAGACAGAUACAGUUCACACACACUUCUUCUUUACCCCUAAGACAUGUUUGGUGUCGGUCAUUUGCAUUUUUAGUUUUUUUUUUUUCUUUUCUUACGCAUGGGAAAAUGUGCAGUCCAGUGGAGCUGAAACAUCAACCAAAACACAUGUUGUCUGAGUACUGUUAGAAGAAGCAUAAACUGGAUGAAGCUCAUAGGCUGCUGAACUCCAUGGUGGUAGAGUCAUGGAGAGUUAACUUUUUGUUGGAAAGAGUUCUCACAGACCUGAAGCAUGUGAAGCCAACCAACCAUAUCUUUGUGUACUGCUGCAUCACAGGGCAGUGGAAUACACUGGGAAAGUGCUGACUGCCCUCUUCCACAUACAUGAGUUGUAGGUGGAGCGUCAGGAUUCUCCUGAUGUAGGCCAAAUGAUUUUCAGUGUUCCUCUUAUCCAACACCGCGACAUUUUAACUUCCUGUGUCUGCCACUGUUAAACAUCUGCAGAAACAGUGCUCAAAUUUCUUAUAUAUAAAAAAAAAAAAGACACCAGACAUUUCUGGACUACAUGUGGGGUAAAGUAGAAAACUGGAUAAAUUCGAUAAGAUACAAUUCAUUGUAAAGCAAAACGCUAAAAUGAGAAUGCUAACGAUUUCUUACGUUUCUAGACAGUUCUGUUUUUCCUCGUCACAGACUCAGAGCUGAACUGCAUGGUACAUGACUGAGGCAUAGUAUCAUAGUAUAACAUUAUAUAUAUAUAUAUAUAUAUAUAUAUAUUGGGGGAAAAAAGGAUUUGUAAUAAGCUCUGUUCUUGCGAAGUGUGAAAACCUGAUCAGAAAUGGUACAGAGUUAUUCCUUUUAUCUUUUGUACUGUUUCUGUGUGUGAUUGAUGUGUUUGACUGGUGUGUAGAGAAGAGUCAUGCUGGACUUGAAAUAAUGCUUUCUUCACUUGAGAGCACAGUGCUGUAUUGUAGGUCUGACACACACAAACACACACACACAGCUCCAGUCUCUGCACAGGUUCAGAUUUUCUUUGCCGAAUUCAGCUCUGUAAUUUGUUAGUCUUCAUGAACUCAUGAUGUAUAAAACUCGACCCUGUGCAGGAGAGACUGUGAAAUAAUCCAUUUACAUUUUGUUUUAAUUUGCUGUCCGUAACCGAGACGCCUAGCGUUUUUUUUCCCACCCCAAAAUUAAAGCUCAUUUGUUCUCCAUAAGCACAAUCCACUAAAGAUGGUGAAAUGUUGUAACGAUAUCAGCCCUGAUCAUGUUCCAGACUGUGAUUAGAAACAUCUUAUGAACAAAAUUCUGCUAACUUUGCCAGUUCCCCGCUUUACCCUUUCAGUAUUAAUCAAGAUGUUUCCUGAGUUCUUUUACUAAAACUUUCCUGUAUUUUACUUGAACCGUAUGCUGCCUGCCAUGUUUAAACCUGUGGUUUUAAUAUUUUGAGUUGUUGAAGUGAAUUUGUUCUUGUUCAAACUUUCUCACCAUGGACACAUGGACUUUAUAGACUUCCUCAAGCAGAGAACAUUAACUGUUCUCACCCUUCAGCUGCAGUCCUCUGUGUGGGCCGUGGAAAUGAACUUGGUUCAGGGACUACCAGAGUCGAAGUAAAGGUGCCGCUGAUAUUCAGUGUGCUGUUUAGAAUCACUUGCUAACUGUAACGUAGCCUACUGAAGGACAAAUAUUUUUGGUUUGCUCCUGUAAUACUCCUUCGCCAAUCAGUUGUGUGAUUUUGUUUAUUAUUUGGUUUUUUUUUUUCCUCUUCUUGUUAUGAGUAGGCAUGUGCAGAAAGUUGAGAAUUUAGGCCCAAAAUCAACACGGAGAUGGUGUGAUGUAAAACACCUUUUUUCCUUUUAUACCACAGCAGUUCAUUUUUAUUGAAGAAUGGCAUGUCGUACUUUUUAUCCGUUUAUAGUUAUUUAAUGCUGAAGUACAUCCAUGAAACAAAUUUCUGCGGUCACUUUUUUUUAGUAACCAGAAACAUUAGUCCUUCCCUUACAUUUUCCACGUUCUCUUAAAGUUACUGAGAAACCUCAGAGUAUAAACUUCCCCUAUCCUCAUGUUGUGUUGGGAAAGUUAUAGCUUUGCUGUUACUAAAUUGUGACGCCAGAAACGACUCCCAAAACUACAUCCUAAAAGUUGAAUAGGUUUUAGGAGCAUCAACCCUCAAGAUCCAGUGGAUUCGGUUACUAUAAUAAAACAGUAACGUAUCAGAAGAGCACGUUUUAUAUUAACUGUGAUUUGCAGCUGCUCUACUGUCAGAGCUGCUGUUAUCAAUGUUUUCUGAUCGAUCAGAAUCCAGAAUUUAUGGUUAGACAGCUCGAGCAUCAGCACAUGCCUACUCAGAAGCAGAAACCUGACGUUUUUAGUUCAGCAUUAAUUUAACAGUGUUACUGUAUUUGUCUGGAUGACCUGUUUUUCUACGUCCAGACCUCCUCUGAAUAGAUUUCUAUCUGAAAAUAACUCUAUUGUUACAUUGAAUUUCUGUACAGAAAGAUGUUCGAUUCUGUUAAUAGCUUACACCAUCUUAAACUUUUAUUCACGUCCUCUUUUAUUUUUUUUUUUUAAUUGUUUUUAUUUUUUGGGAGCUAAAUAACACACAGCCUCACAUUUCAUUAGAUGCCCACUUGUGCUGUACUCGUCUUUGUUACCUCCAUUGUGCAAUAGUUUGUAUAUUUUUAUUUGUGUACUGAAAUAUCUGUAAUCUCAUUUUAACUCUUUUAUUUCUGUUUGAAAAUGUGAGUGUUUUAAACGCCUGUUGACGUCGAAGCAAACGAUCUCGCGCCGGUUGCGCUCUAUUUUUCGGGCCUGCUUUAUUCCCUCGCCUCUAGACAAACGACAAACAAACCAAAUUAUUAAUCACCAUACUGAAAUGCAUUUAAAUAAGUACAUAAUGUAUAUCACAUGUUAUAUUUGUCUUAUUAAAAAAAAAAACAAACAAUAACUCCAAACAUGUAACUGGAAGCAUUUAAAACGAUUUGAGAAAUUAAGCGUCACUAGAAAAGCUUGGAUUUGUUUGAAGAUGCCAAUGCUUGCUAUGUGGUCCUUUGUUUCACAGAAUAAAAUAUACACCAUUUCAGGUACAUAA